AUGCCAGACGCAUUGGACGUGGUGCAACAUUUGAAAACUGUGGUCACUCACUAUACCCAGGAUAAAAAGCCCUAUUACAUUUCAAUUGUCAAGGACAUCUACUCCUUUCUAGAUCAGAUCGCCGAUUUUGAAGUUAUCAAGGAAGCUUUGAAGGGAAUUGAAAACUCGAUCUGGAUUUGGAAUGGAGAUGGUUUUUCUUCUCCUGAUGUGGUCCUUUCCGCAAGGCCUCCAAUCGAUCUUACUCCGUACAUUUGUUCUCUUCCCUCAGAGGUGCUGCAGUUUUCAAACUUGUUUUCGAAGUUCGGAAUGAGAGAGCAUUGCGAUGCUCUGCUUUUUGUACAAGUUCUUCAACUGAUAAAACAGAAGUAUGAAUCUGGAGACGAGUAUCCAAACACGGAGGUAAAAAGAGAUCUCCAGUUAUCUGUAGACAUUUUGAAUGAGAUUAAGCCAAACGUUGGAGAACAACUACCUUCAGAGAUUCAAGAGAAAGUCCUCAUCCCAACACACGUAGAAGGAGAUUCCUACGUAAGGCUUGCACCAAUUAAAGAUUGCAUCUACUGUGACCGCGAGUGGCUAGAAGAUGGUAUACCUGCUGAAGAAGAAAAUCAUUGCUUUUUUGUGCAUCAAAACAUCUCAAAUAGUACUGCAGAACUUUUACAAGUUCGUACUCUUAGAAAUCAAUUAUUGGAAGCUGAUGAGAUAGGAGAUGAAUUUGGUCAAGAAGAAAAACUCACUUGCAGAUUAAACAAACUUCUGGAGGAAUACACAGAUGGUUUCUCAGUACCAAAGGAACUAAUCCAGAACGCAGAUGAUGCUGGUGCCACUGAGGUCAGAUUUCUUUACGACGAAAGAACCAAUGAAGAUGCUAUGACCUGUCUGAUUGACGAAGGAAUGAAAGAAUGCCAGGGUCCUGCUUUGUGGGUUUACAACAACGCUGAGUUUAGGGAUGAGGAUUUUGAAAACAUUACUAAACUCAACGGUGGCACAAAAAAACAAGAAACCGACAAAAUUGGAAAGUUUGGGCUUGGUUUUAAUACGGUCUAUAAUCUGACGGACGUUCCUAUGUUCCUUAGCAGAAACUACUUUGUGAUUUUUGAUCCCAACACCUUUUAUCUUGGAAGAGCCAUCACAAACAAGAGCAAACCAGGAAUAAAAAUUGACGUCAACAAGAAUCCGGAGAGAAAGCGAAGGCUUAGAAACCAAUUCAAACCUUUCAAUGGCAUCUUUGGGUGUGAUCUUCGUUUGAACAAAAAGGACAACUCAUUUCAAGGUACCCUCUUUCGCUUCCCAUUGCGAACUAAGAGGCAAGCUGUCAGAAGCGAAAUUAAGCAAGAUUAUUACGGCCACAACCAAGUGAGGGAGCUAUUAGAGAUUUUCGUUCGCGGGGCGAAAACGUUGCUCUUGUUUGCGCAAAAUGUCCGUCAAGUCAGCAUAUUUCAUUUGCCGAGAGAGUCAACAGGGCAGACACAACCCCAACUGAUAUUUCAGGUGACCAAGGAAUUAUCACACUCAGGAAUCAUGAGAGAGUUGUCUGUUCCCAUGAAGCUGUCAUUGCAUCAGAGCAAUGUUAGCACAGACGACUUACAACUUUUAAAACAAUCUAACUUUCUACGAGCAUCAUCGCAAGUUUUAAAGCAUACUAAGGAUAUGAAGGAAACCAAUGACUAUUUACUGAGGUCAGCGAUCACAAUCAACGUAAAAGGCACCCUAACUGAAAGCGGACGCGUAUUCUUUGAGGACAAAAUCUCGCUGCAUAAUUCAUCCGAGCUUUGGUUUGUUGCCUCAUCGAUGGGCAAAGGCCAAGCGAUGCAGUUUUCAGUGAAUGACAGGAGCUUGCUCCCAGCAGCUGCAGUUGCUGUCAGGUUGUUACCUCAGGAGAGUCAGAAGUUUGUACCGGAACCUAUUGUCAGUCACGCCACUGGAGGUAAAUCGCAUCAUAACGGUUCAGUGUUCUGCUACCUUCCACUCCCAAUUCACAGUGGUCUCCCAGUUCAUAUAAAUGGAACAUUUGCAGUAGCUUCGAACAGACGCCAUUUGAAGCAGAAAACAGAGGACGACAAAGCCUGCCCUGAAGAUGAGUGGAAUAAUGUUCUGUUUCAAGAUUCUGUAUGUACCGCCUACCUAGAUCUUCUGGAAGACAUGAAAACUAAUGCUACUACGUACUGUUUUCACUCUCUGUGGCCCAGGUCGUGUGACAUAGAGCCAUAUUUUGAACCACUUGCGCGUUCGUUCUAUCAGAAAGUUGCUAGUGGAGGCUAUUCCCUUUUCUCAGAUGGAGACACUUGGGUGGGCAUCAAUCAAGUGGUCUUUCUGGAGCCAAACUUUCGUCAUGAUCAACGGGUUGGAGACAUAUCAGUCGCAGUAUUACAGAAGAUGGUCAUUGAAAAAGACGUUGUCGUUGAUCUACCAGUAGAAAUUUUACAGUCAUUUAUUGCCUAUGGUCUUAGGGAGAAAAUCCAAUUGAAAGCCUACGACAGAAGUAGGUUUUUCCGUGAACUGUUUUUCCCAAACAUUGGCUCCGUAACGGCAGACAAACGAGAUGAAUUGAUGUUAUUUGCAUUGGAUGACUCAAAUGGAGAAUUCGAUGAAUUAAUAAAAACCUAUGCCUGCAUUCCGGCUUCACCCAGUGGUAAAAUCCUCAAACGCCCAAUGGAACUUGUUCACCCAAACAAAUCAGCAGCCUCGCUAUUUCAUAGCGAAGAUGAAAGGUUUCCUUAUGGAACUACUAAGACCUUCUUAGAUUCUGUGAGACUUGCAAAACUUGAAAAACUUGGAAUGAAGGCUGAAAAGGGAAUCACUGCAGAUGAUAUCUACGACAGUGCCAACAAUAUUCGUCGAAUGUUAAAGUCUUCGGAAGCAAAGCAGAAAUCAGAGAACAUUAUGACGUUCUUAGAAAGCAAUCCGAUGAUUCUUCGACAAAAUGUUUCUGGGGAACCGUUAGCACUUCUUCUGCGAGAUAUGCCUUGGAUAUCUGUAAUGGAGGAAAUGCCCUAUGGUUUACCUAGAAGUCUUUAUUCACUUGUAAAAGAUCAAGAAGUCCCUUUCUACAAGCCCACAGAGGUCACAAGUAACGAUAAAGUAAAUCUCGUUGGAACAGUGAAGCCAAUUGUAAGAGCAGAUUCAUCAAGUCACUUGGCAAAUUGUUUUGGCUGGGAUAAAAUGCCAGACGCAUUGGACGUGGUGCAACAUUUGAAAACUGUGGUCACUCACUAUACCCAGGAUAAAAAGCCCUAUUACAUUUCAAUUGUCAAGGACAUCUACUCCUUUCUAGAUCAGAUCGCCGAUUUUGAAGUUAUCAAGGAAGCUUUGAAGGGAAUUGAAAACUCGAUCUGGAUUUGGAAUGGAGAUGGUUUUUCUUCUCCUGAUGUGGUCCUUUCCGCAAGGCCUCCAAUCGAUCUUACUCCGUACAUUUGUUCUCUUCCCUCAGAGGUGCUGCAGUUUUCAAACUUGUUUUCGAAGUUCGGAAUGAGAGAGCAUUGCGAUGCUCUGCUUUUUGUACAAGUUCUUCAACUGAUAAAACAGAAGUAUGAAUCUGGAGACGAGUAUCCAAACACGGAGGUAAAAAGAGAUCUCCAGUUAUCUGUAGACAUUUUGAAUGAGAUUAAGCCAAACGUUGGAGAACAACUACCUUCAGAGAUUCAAGAGAAAGUCCUCAUCCCAACACACGUAGAAGGAGAUUCCUACGUAAGGCUUGCACCAAUUAAAGAUUGCAUCUACUGUGACCGCGAGUGGCUAGAAGAUGGUAUACCUGCUGAAGAAGAAAAUCAUUGCUUUUUUGUGCAUCAAAACAUCUCAAAUAGUACUGCAGAACUUUUACAAGUUCGUACUCUUAGAAAUCAAUUAUUGGAAGCUGAUGAGAUAGGAGAUGAAUUUGGUCAAGAAGAAAAACUCACUUGCAGAUUAAACAAACUUCUGGAGGAAUACACAGAUGGUUUCUCAGUACCAAAGGAACUAAUCCAGAACGCAGAUGAUGCUGGUGCCACUGAGGUCAGAUUUCUUUACGACGAAAGAACCAAUGAAGAUGCUAUGACCUGUCUGAUUGACGAAGGAAUGAAAGAAUGCCAGGGUCCUGCUUUGUGGGUUUACAACAACGCUGAGUUUAGGGAUGAGGAUUUUGAAAACAUUACUAAACUCAACGGUGGCACAAAAAAACAAGAAACCGACAAAAUUGGAAAGUUUGGGCUUGGUUUUAAUACGGUCUAUAAUCUGACGGACGUUCCUAUGUUCCUUAGCAGAAACUACUUUGUGAUUUUUGAUCCCAACACCUUUUAUCUUGGAAGAGCCAUCACAAACAAGAGCAAACCAGGAAUAAAAAUUGACGUCAACAAGAAUCCGGAGAGAAAGCGAAGGCUUAGAAACCAAUUCAAACCUUUCAAUGGCAUCUUUGGGUGUGAUCUUCGUUUGAACAAAAAGGACAACUCAUUUCAAGGUACCCUCUUUCGCUUCCCAUUGCGAACUAAGAGGCAAGCUGUCAGAAGCGAAAUUAAGCAAGAUUAUUACGGCCACAACCAAGUGAGGGAGCUAUUAGAGAUUUUCGUUCGCGGGGCGAAAACGUUGCUCUUGUUUGCGCAAAAUGUCCGUCAAGUCAGCAUAUUUCAUUUGCCGAGAGAGUCAACAGGGCAGACACAACCCCAACUGAUAUUUCAGGUGACCAAGGAAUUAUCACACUCAGGAAUCAUGAGAGAGUUGUCUGUUCCCAUGAAGCUGUCAUUGCAUCAGAGCAAUGUUAGCACAGACGACUUACAACUUUUAAAACAAUCUAACUUUCUACGAGCAUCAUCGCAAGUUUUAAAGCAUACUAAGGAUAUGAAGGAAACCAAUGACUAUUUACUGAGGUCAGCGAUCACAAUCAACGUAAAAGGCACCCUAACUGAAAGCGGACGCGUAUUCUUUGAGGACAAAAUCUCGCUGCAUAAUUCAUCCGAGCUUUGGUUUGUUGCCUCAUCGAUGGGCAAAGGCCAAGCGAUGCAGUUUUCAGUGAAUGACAGGAGCUUGCUCCCAGCAGCUGCAGUUGCUGUCAGGUUGUUACCUCAGGAGAGUCAGAAGUUUGUACCGGAACCUAUUGUCAGUCACGCCACUGGAGGUAAAUCGCAUCAUAACGGUUCAGUGUUCUGCUACCUUCCACUCCCAAUUCACAGUGGUCUCCCAGUUCAUAUAAAUGGAACAUUUGCAGUAGCUUCGAACAGACGCCAUUUGAAGCAGAAAACAGAGGACGACAAAGCCUGCCCUGAAGAUGAGUGGAAUAAUGUUCUGUUUCAAGAUUCUGUAUGUACCGCCUACCUAGAUCUUCUGGAAGACAUGAAAACUAAUGCUACUACGUACUGUUUUCACUCUCUGUGGCCCAGGUCGUGUGACAUAGAGCCAUAUUUUGAACCACUUGCGCGUUCGUUCUAUCAGAAAGUUGCUAGUGGAGGCUAUUCCCUUUUCUCAGAUGGAGACACUUGGGUGGGCAUCAAUCAAGUGGUCUUUCUGGAGCCAAACUUUCGUCAUGAUCAACGGGUUGGAGACAUAUCAGUCGCAGUAUUACAGAAGAUGGUCAUUGAAAAAGACGUUGUCGUUGAUCUACCAGUAGAAAUUUUACAGUCAUUUAUUGCCUAUGGUCUUAGGGAGAAAAUCCAGUUGAAAGCCUACGACAGAAGUAGGUUUUUCCGUGAACUGUUUUUCCCAAACAUUGGCUCCGUAACGGCAGACAAACGAGAUGAAUUGAUGUUAUUUGCAUUGGAUGACUCAAAUGGAGAAUUCGAUGAAUUAAUAAAAACCUAUGCCUGCAUUCCGGCUUCACCCAGUGGUAAAAUCCUCAAACGCCCAAUGGAACUUGUUCACCCAAACAAAUCAGCAGCCUCGCUAUUUCAUAGCGAAGAUGAGAAGUUUCCUUUUGGAACUACUAAGACUUUCUUAGAUUCUGUAAGACUUGCUAAACUUCAGCAACUUGGUAUGAGGGCUGAAAAGGGAAUCACUGCAGAUGAUAUCUACGACAGUGUCAACAACAUUCGUCGAAUGUUAAAGUCUUCGGAAGCAAAGCAGAAAUCAGAGAACAUUACGACGUUCUUAGAAAGCAAUCCGAUGAUUCUUCAACAAAAUGUUUGGGGGGAUCCGUUAGCACUUCUUCUGCGAGAUAUUCCUUGGAUAUCUGUAAUGGAAGAAAUGCAUUAUGGUUUACCUAGAAGUCUUUGUUCACUUGUAAAAAAUCAAGAAGUCCUAUUCUACAAGCCCACAGAGGUCGCAAGUAAAGAUAAAGUUAACCUCGUUGGAACGGUGAAACCCAUUGUAAGAGUAGAUUCAUCAAGUCACUUAGCAAAAUGUUUCGGCUGCGAUAAGAUGCCAGAUGCACUGGACGUGGUGCAACAUUUGAAAACCGUGGUCAGUCACUAUACCUCGGACGAAAAGCAAUAUUACAUUUCAAUUGUCAAGGACAUCUACUCAUUUCUAGAUCAGGCUGCCGAUCCUGAAGCUAUCGAGGGUGCUUUGAAAGGAAUUAAAAAUUCGAGCUGGAUUUGGAAUGGGGAUGGUUUUUCGUCUCCAGAUGCUGUCCUUGCUGAAAGGCCUCCAAUUGAUCUUAGUCCGUUCAUCUGGUCACUCCCGUCAGAGGUGGUGCAGUUCUCAAACUUGUUCUCAAAGUUUGGGAUGAGUGACCGCUGCGAUGCGCAAUUUUUGGUGCAGAUUCUUCAUGUCAUCAAAAAGAAGUAUGAAUCGGGACGGAAGUAUCCAACCCCGGACGUAAAAAGAGAUCUGCAGUUAUGCGCAGAUAUCUUGAAUGAGAUCAAGCCAAACGUGGGUGAACAACUAGCCUUAGAGAUUCAAGAGAAAGUCCUCAUCCCAACACACGUAGAAGGAGAUGCCUACGUGAGGCUUGUACCAGUUAAAGAUUGCAUGUACUGUGACAACGAGUGGAUAAAAGAUAGCACAGCUGUCGAAGAAGAACGUCAUUUAUUUUUCGUGCAUUCCAACAUUCCAAAUAACACAGCCGAGCUUUUACAGGUUCCCACACUUAGAAAUCAACUUCUGGAAGCUGAUGAGAUAGGAGAUGAAUUUGGUCAAGAAGAAAAACUUACUUCCAGAUUGAACAAACUGCUGGAGGAAUACACAGAUGGUUUUUCAGUACCAAAGGAGCUAAUUCAGAACGCAGAUGAUGCUGGCGCCACGGAGGUCAGAUUUCUUUACGAUGAAAGAACCAACGAAGAUGCUAUGACCUGUCUAAUUGACGAGGGUAUGAAAGAAUGCCAGGGUCCUGCUUUAUGGGUUUACAACGACGCAGAGUUUAAAGAUGAGGAUUUUCAAAACAUUAGCAACCUCAAUGAGAGUUCCAAAAAACACGAAACCGAGAAAAUUGGAAAGUUUGGGCUUGGUUUUAAUACGGUCUACAAUUUGACAGAUGUUCCUAUGUUCCUUAGCAGAAACUACUUUGUAAUUUUAGAUCCCAACACCUUUUAUCUUGGAAAAGCCAUCACAAACAAGAGCAAACCAGGAAUAAAAAUCGACGUCAACAAGAAUCCGGAGAGAAAGCGAAGGUUUAGGAAUCAAUUUAAACCUUUUAAUGGUAUCUUUGGAUGUGAUCUUCUUCUGAACAAAAAGGACAACUCAUUUCAAGGUACCCUCUUUCGCUUCCCAUUGCGAACUAAGAGGCAAGCUGUCACAAGUGAAAUUAAGCAAGAUUAUUACGGCCACAACCAAAUGAGGGAGCUAUUACAGAUUUUUGUACGCGGGGCGAAAACGUUGCUCUUGUUUACGCAAAAUGUCCGUCAAGUCAGCAUAUUUCAUUUGCCGAGAGAGUCAACAGGGCAGACACAACCCCAACUGAUAUUUCAGGUAACCAAGGAAUUAUCACACUCAGGAAUCACGAGAGAGUUGUCUGUUCCCAUGAAGCUGUCAUUGCAUCAGCGCAAUGUUAACACAGACGACUUACAACUUUUAAAACAAUCUAACUUUCUACGAGCAUCAUCGCAAGUUUUAAAGCAUACUAAGGAUACGAAGGAAACCAAUGACUAUUUACUGAGGUCAGCGAUCACAAUCAACGUAAAAGGCACCCUAACUGAAAGCGGACGCGUAUUCUUUGAGGACAAAAUCUCGCUGCAUAAUUCAUCCGAGCUUUGGUUUGUUGCCUCAUCGAUGGGCAAAGGCCAAGCGAUGCAGUUUUCAGUGAAUGACAGGAGCUUGCUCCCAGCAGCUGCAGUUGCUGUCAGGUUGUUACCUCAGGAGAGUCAGAAGUUUGUACCGGAACCUAUUGUCAGUCACGCCACUGGAGGUAAAUCGCAUCAUAACGGUUCAGUGUUCUGCUACCUUCCACUCCCAAUUCACAGUGGUCUCCCAGUUCAUAUAAAUGGAACAUUUGCAGUAGCUUCGAACAGACGCCAUUUGAAGCAGAAAACAGAGGACGACAAAGCCUGCCCUGAAGAUGAGUGGAAUAAUGUUCUGUUUCAAGAUUCUGUAUGUACCGCCUACCUAGAUCUUCUGGAAGACAUGAAAACUAAUGCUACUACGUACUGUUUUCACUCUCUGUGGCCCAGGUCGUGUGACAUAGAGCCAUAUUUUGAACCACUUGCGCGUUCGUUCUAUCAGAAAGUUGCUAGUGGAGGCUAUUCCCUUUUCUCAGAUGGAGACACUUGGGUGGGCAUCAAUCAAGUGGUCUUUCUGGAGCCAAACUUUCGUCAUGAUCAACGGGUUGGAGACAUAUCAGUCGCAGUAUUACAGAAGAUGGUCAUUGAAAAAGACGUUGUCGUUGAUCUACCAGUAGAAAUUUUACAGUCAUUUAUUGCCUAUGGUCUUAGGGAGAAAAUCCAGUUGAAAGCCUACGACAGAAGUAGGUUUUUCCGUGAACUGUUUUUCCCAAACAUUGGCUCCGUAACGGCAGACAAACGAGAUGAAUUGAUGUUAUUUGCAUUGGAUGACUCAAAUGGAGAAUUCGAUGAAUUAAUAAAAACCUAUGCCUGCAUUCCGGCUUCACCCAGUGGUAAAAUCCUCAAACGCCCAAUGGAACUUGUUCACCCAAACAAAUCAGCAGCCUCGCUAUUUCAUAGCGAAGAUGAGAAGUUUCCUUUUGGAACUACUAAGACUUUCUUAGAUUCUGUAAGACUUGCUAAACUUCAGCAACUUGGUAUGAGGGCUGAAAAGGGAAUCACUGCAGAUGAUAUCUACGACAGUGUCAACAACAUUCGUCGAAUGUUAAAGUCUUCGGAAGCAAAGCAGAAAUCAGAGAACAUUACGACGUUCUUAGAAAGCAAUCCGAUGAUUCUUCAACAAAAUGUUUGGGGGGAUCCGUUAGCACUUCUUCUGCGAGAUAUUCCUUGGAUAUCUGUAAUGGAAGAAAUGCAUUAUGGUUUACCUAGAAGUCUUUGUUCACUUGUAAAAAAUCAAGAAGUCCUAUUCUACAAGCCCACAGAGGUCGCAAGUAAAGAUAAAGUUAACCUCGUUGGAACGGUGAAACCCAUUGUAAGAGUAGAUUCAUCAAGUCACUUAGCAAAAUGUUUCGGCUGCGAUAAGAUGCCAGAUGCACUGGACGUGGUGCAACAUUUGAAAACCGUGGUCAGUCACUAUACCUCGGACGAAAAGCAAUAUUACAUUUCAAUUGUCAAGGACAUCUACUCAUUUCUAGAUCAGGCUGCCGAUCCUGAAGCUAUCGAGGGUGCUUUGAAAGGAAUUAAAAAUUCGAGCUGGAUUUGGAAUGGGGAUGGUUUUUCGUCUCCAGAUGCUGUCCUUGCUGAAAGGCCUCCAAUUGAUCUUAGUCCGUUCAUCUGGUCACUCCCGUCAGAGGUGGUGCAGUUCUCAAACUUGUUCUCAAAGUUUGGGAUGAGUGACCGCUGCGAUGCGCAAUUUUUGGUGCAGAUUCUUCAUGUCAUCCAAAAGAAGUAUGAAUCGGGACGGACGUAUCCAACCCCGGACGUAAAAAGAGAUCUGCAGUUAUGCGCAGAUAUCUUGAAUGAGAUCAAGCCAAACGUAGGUGAACAACUAGCCUUAGAGAUUCAAGAGAAAGUCCUCAUCCCAACACACGUAGAAGGAGAUUCCUACGUGAGGCUUGUACCAGUGAAAGAUUGCAUGUACUGUGACCACGAGUGGAUAAAAGAUAGCACACCUGUUGAUGACUUAAGACAUUACUUUUUUGUGCAUCCAAACAUUCCAAGUCGCACCGCCGAGCUUUUACAGGUUCGCUCACUUAAAAAUCAACUGCUGGAAGCUGAAGAGAUAGGAGUUGAGUUUGGUCAGGAAUUAAAACUAACUUGCAUAUUAAGCAGUCUUCUAGAGGAAUACACAGAUGGUUUUUCAGUACCAAAGGAGCUAGUUCAGAACGCAGAUGAUGCUGGUGCCACAGAGGUCAGAUUUCUUUACGAUGAAAGAACCAACGAAGAUGCUAUGACCUGUCUGAUUGACGAGGGUAUGAAAGAAUGCCAGGGUCCUGCUUUGUGGGUUUACAACGACGCUGAGUUUAAGGAUGAGGAUUUUCAAAACAUUAGCAAACUGAAUGACAGCUCAAAAAAACAAGAAACCGAGAAAAUUGGAAAGUUUGGGCUUGGUUUUAAUACGGUCUACAAUUUGACAGACGUUCCUAUGUUCCUUAGCAGAAACUACUUUGUGAUUUUUGAUCCUAACACCUUUUACCUUGGAAAAGCCAUCACAAACAAGAGGAAACCAGGAAUAAAAAUCGACGUCAACAAGAAUCCGGAGAGAAAGCGAAGGUUUCGGAACCAAUUUAAACCUUUUAAUGGUAUUUUUGGUUGCGAUCUUCGAAUGAACAAAGCUGGCAACUCAUUUCCAGGAACCCUUUUUCGAUUCCCCUUGAGAACCAGAGCGCAAGCCAUGAAAAGUGAAAUUAAACAAGUUCAUUACGACAAGAGCCAAAUGAAGGAGCUGUUAGAGAUUUUUGUGCGCGGGGCGAGAAAGUUGCUCUUAUUUACUCAAAAUGUCCGUCGAGUCAGCAUUUUUCAUCUGCUUGGGGACUCUUCGGAACCGAUGCGGCUUAGACUGAUGUUUCAGGUGACGAAGUCAUUAUCACGAACAGGCAUCUGUAGGGAGUUGUCGUUUCCUUUAACACUUCCAUCACAUCUUGGAAAUCUUUCCAAGGACGAACAGUACCUUUUAAAACAAAGCAACUUUCUACGAGCAUCAUCGGAAGUCGCGAAACAUACUAGGGACUCCAAGGCAACCAGUAAUUAUUUGCUAAGGUCGGCGCUUACAUUUAAGAUUACAAGCAAUUUUACCGAAUGCGGACGCUUUGUCUUUGAGGAUAAGAGCUCAUUAGAGAGUAUAGCCGAGGUCUGGUUUGUUGCUUCGUCAAUGGGCAAAGGCCAAGCGAUGCAAUAUUCGCUAAAUGACAGGAGUCUGCUCCCAGCAGCUGCAGUAGCUGUCCAGCUGAUAACCCAGGAGAAUGACAAGUUUGCACCAAAACCUGUUGUCCGCCAUGCCACUGGAGGCAAAUCAUAUCACAACGGAACAGUGUUCUGCUACCUUCCACUUCCAAUACACAGCGGUCUCCCUGUACAUAUAAAUGGUGCAUUCGCAGUAGCGUCGAACAGACGCGACUUGAAGCAGAAAACAGAGGAUGACAAAGCCUAUUCUGGAGUAGAGUGGAACAACGUUCUAUUUGCAGAUUCUGUUUGUGAAGCUUAUCUAGACCUCCUUGAAGACAUGAAGUCAAGAGCUACUAUGUACUCUUUUCACACACUGUGGCCCAGGGAGUGCGACAUGGAGCCAUUCUGUGAACCACUUGCGCGCUCAUUCUAUCAGCAAGUUGCCACUGGCGGUUAUUCCCUCUUUUCAGAUGGAAACAGAUGGGUUGACAUUAGUCAAGUGGUCUGUCUAGAACCAUCCUUUCGUCAGGAUAGAGAUGUUGGAGGCAUAUCGUAUGCUGUAUUACAGAUGUUAGUCAGCGAAGACAAAGUUGUCGUUGCUCCCCCUGGGGAUAUUUUCCAGUCAUUUGUCAAAUAUGGUCUUGAGGAACACAUCCGGUUGAAAACCUACGACAAGGGCAGAUUUUUCCGUGAACUGUUUUUCCCAAAAGUCCCGUCCAUACCACCAGACAUGCGAGACAAAUUGGUCUUGCACGCUUUGGAUGAUGCCAAAGGAGAAUUUGAUGAGCUUAUUGCAACUCAUGCUUGCAUUCCAUCUUCACCUCAUGGUCAAACGCUCAAGCGCCCCGCCGAACUUAUUCACCCGAAAAAAGCAACGGCCUCGCUAUUUCAAAUUGAAGAUGAAAGGUUUCCCCUUGGCACCGAUGACACAUUUCUAGAUUGCGUAAGACUUACCAAACUCGAGAAACUUGGAAUGGUAGCAGAUGACCCCCCUUGGGGUAUAUUUGAAGAAAGGGCCAAAAGUGUCGACAUUUUGAAUGAAGAAAGUAGUAUCGGGGCCUUAGAGCGUGCGAAGGCAUUAAUAAAAAUUCUGGAAAGAAAGCUAUACCCUGGAGCUGAAAGCAAAGUCCCCGAGGGUGUCCAAGAGAAUCUUUUUCAAAUCAAAUUUCUUCCAGUUUCCACAAAACCACAACAUUUUCCCCUUUUUUGGAAAGGGGGCGAUCUACGUCCCGAGAAAAGAGCAAAAUUGUUGUCACCCGAGGAGGCUUUUGUCGAAAGCGCGAUGUAUCUUGUUUGCUGUUCUGAGCCGCUCGUAGAUGGUAACAUCUAUCUUUCUUCAACUGUUAAAAAGUUUUUACAGUUGGAAAAAAAAGCCUCAAUUAAGCAUAUCAUCAGCCAACUUGAUGUGGCUUCUUUGUGUCCAAUCGACAGUCUGAAUUCAGUGCAAUUUGAAGAAGUAAAGACUACCUGUUUAGAAGCUUACAAGUAUCUUCAGGCAGCUCUGAAUCAGAAUCAAAUAGAAGAAAGUGAAGUGCGAGAACUUUUUCAGGAAAAAAAAUUCAUUUUUGCCGGAAGAGAGUUUGUUGAUACAACACAUGUUGCUUUUGAAUUGCCCGUUGACUGUUGCCCUUACCUACAUAAGCUGCCUGAGGAUCUUGCGAAACAGUUUGGCCAUUUGAUGAGAAGCGUUGGUGUAAGACAGGUAUAUGAGGCCAGCGAUUUCCUCUCUUCCUUGGAACAAAUAAAAAGGGCCUUUGGGGACGCAAUACUUGAAAAGAAAAUUCUCCAAGCUGCCGUUCAUCUGGCUUGUCAACUGGGUAAGUGCCUCACAGAUUGUUGCGUAUCCGUUGGAAAGCAACAAACAAUUUAUUUACCUGACUCCCAAGGCAUAAUGAGACCUGUGAGUAAACUGUGCAUCAAAGACUGCCUCUGGAUUUCUGAUGAAAAAGAUGUUCACUAUGCAGAGAGCAUGAUUCCCCACCCAAUAUGCCUUAAGUUGGGGGUAAAAACACGUCGAGCAGAAGCAUUAAGCCGAUGUGCGGUUGGAAUUUCGUUUGGACAAAAGGAAAAGCUGACAAACCGUUUACAGGGCCUUCUUCAGGCCUAUCCAUGUGAAAAAGAAAUUCUGAAAGAACUUCUUCAAAAUGCUGAUGAUGCAGAGGCAACAGAGAUUUGUUUUAUUAAAGACCCAAGACAACAUCCAGAAGAACGUGUUUUUGAAGAUUCAUGGAAACCACUUCAGGGUCCUGCAUUAUGCGUGUAUAACAACAAGCCAUUUACUGAAGCGGAUAUCAACGGAAUACAGAAUCUUGGAGAAGGAAAAAAAGGCGAUGACCCCAACAAAACUGGCCAGUACGGCGUGGGCUUCAAUGCUGUUUACCAUUUGACUGACGUACCUUCAUUUGUCUCAUAUAGCGAGGAGAUUGGUGAUGUUUUAUGUGUUUUUGAUCCAAAUUGCAAGUACGUUCCAGGCGCUACCCAGUCGGAACCAGGCAGAAUGUUCAGGGAAACAACGAAGUUGAGAGGCGAUUUUGUAGAUGUUUUUUCUUGCUAUAACGAAGAUCAUUUUUCCUUACGAAACGCUACUAUGUUCCGAUUUCCAUUAAGAACUGAGGAGAUGGCAGACGAUUCCGAGAUAUCUAAUUCUCCUGUUACACUCGAAAUUCUAGAAGGGAUGAUGGAGUCAUUAAAAACAGAGCUCUUUGAAGUCCUUCUCUUCGUUAACAAUGUUAAAAAGAUUACAAUGUGUGACAUCGACGACAGUGGGCAAGUGGUGAACUCCUAUUUCGUCGAAGCGGAAAUGUCCGAGGAAGACUCAUUGGAAAGGCAGACGUUUGCCUCCUACGUGAAACAAAUUGGGAAGGCAUUUAAAGAAAAUCCUGAAAAGUCACCCAUUCAAGCGGAGGUUAGGAAAUGUUCCUACGUUCUGACCUUAAAAGACAGCAUGGAGAGCGAAGAAAAAUGGCUAAUUGUCCAGCAGAUUGGGUUUGAGAACCAUGUGACAGAGAGGAUUAUCGAUGCCUACAAAAAGAACGACUUAGGGAUACUUCCUCGUGGUGGUGUCGCUUGUCUUUUAGAGCGUAAAUCAACUUUAGCACAAAGUACAGAAGAAAAGAAGAAAGCUUAUUGUUUUCUUCCGCUUCCUGUAGAAACAGAUCUCCCAGUGCACAUCAAUGGUCAUUUCGCGUUGGAUCACGAGGCACGACGAAGCUUAGACUCAACUGGUGGCUAUAAAACUGACUGGAACAACUUUUUAUUGAGCGACGUUAUAGCGUCGUGCUAUAUCACACUUCUGGACAAAGUAAGACGUUUUUUUAAUUUCCCCGUUUCUCAGAGUCCCGAAGAAGUUACCCUCAGCUGUUGCAAAGACGAAUUGGCAAAAAAUAUAAAAAAGUACGAAAAGCUGUUUCCGUGUGCGAUCUCGAGCAAUCAGUAUUGGGCCACUUUGGUGAAGUCCGUGUACCAGGGAAUGAACUACAAGAGGUUGCGACUUGUUCCAGUGUUACGCAGUUACGAGACACGUGGCUCUGCUCCAAACUGUCUGCUCUUGUGGCUUCCUCUAACUGGAAAUGGGGCAGAUAAAGCAUUCUUCAACAAUCUCGGUGAAUGCGAUACUUUUCGCCAUGAAUCAAAACAACGUUUAAAUGAAAACAAGAAGAAAUCAAAGAUCUUUGACAAAACCCUCUUUGAAAACAUUUUACUUCAAACUGGGUUUAACCUUGUAGCAUUUUCUCUGUCCGUUUGUGAAGCGGCACAUAAGUCUGGAGUCCAAUCUUGCUUUGUCUCUCCUUCUGCGGUGAUGGACUUUUACAAAUCUUUCCGUGGAGAAACUCCUCUUUGUAGAAUUGGAUCACUCUUUGUUGAUGUCAGCUAUACACCUUUCAAAGAUGUUCAAACUGUGGUCACAGUGCUCAAAUACUGCAAGGAAAGUGAAAGCUUUCUAGGAAAUUUACCAGGCCUGCCUUUACUCGUAACGCAAGACAACCAUUUACAACCAUUUAACGCUGCUAAUCGCAAGUUUCUUUCUCGCCAUCACCACAUUCUUCCACAGUGCAAAGAAAUGUUUGUCCAUGACCACAUUAGGACGCAUAUCUUUUGUGAUGCCACAAGUCUGGAGGUCUCAGUGUUCAAACAUUUUGAUGUCGAGAGUUUUGCGGCUAAUCUGUAUCAAGCACUUCGUCAAGAUAAUUUGAACAGUAGCCAAUUCGUAAAAUGGAACCCAGAUCAGGUUGCAGAGCCCAAUGGUGGCUGGGUUUACCGUGUGUGGAGGUUCCUGGACGAACAAGUAGAGAAUGUCCUCAAAGAAGAAAGAAACAAAAAAACUGAGAGGGCCAACUGCAUUCAGGCAACUCAUACAUCACGCGAAGAGAGGGAGACGCGAAUCACUCGAAUAGUGCUUGAACCUCUGAGCAAGUGCAGCAUCCUCCCAUGCACAGAAACGACUUCUUUGCCAAAACCAACACAGGGUAGCGCCUCUGGAGUAGUAGCGGAGCACUAUUUAGUACCUUUAAGCCUGGCUGAUUCUGUCCUUGAUUUCACCUCCUGUGAUACUACAAGUAAACGUCUUGUUGAUGCACUAAGAAAGCUUAGUGUUCCUGAAUUGAACACUGAUGUUUUGUCGUCAACAGUUGCUUCUGCGCAUACGUCUUUAAACUCCUGGAGACCUGCACAUCGACUAGUUGCAACGAUUAAUUCACCCAAACAUCUCCUGUUAGCGCUAUGUCAGAAGAUAACUCGAAAUCCGAGCUCUCUUCACGGGAAGUUGAGCGGUAUCGAAUGUUGUACCAUUUUGGAGCAUUUCAGCAACAGCGUGAAAGACCUGGACGAACGUGACAUACAAGCGUUAAGACGACUUCCUCUUUAUGAAGCAACGCAUGGAGGACGAGUUACCCUAGAUAACAAAAGCGUCUGUGUGGUUCCUAUUGAAGUACCACAUGACGGAAUGAAAGUUUUAGAAAAUGUGGGUGAUUUUAUCUUUUUGAAAAGCUGGUCGCGUCUUUCGCCGCUUUAUGAAUUUAUGAAGUUUGAAUCUGUUUCAUCGGUUGAUGUCUAUUGCAAAUUUAUCUUGAAAAAUUUUAGUCUAUUUCCCGGUAAAGCAAGGCUAGUUCAUCUUGAGCACAUCCGUGACGGUAUGUUGACACAAACAUUUGCUAAGGAAGUUGACAAGCAGCGGCUUUUGUCUUGCCUGAAAAACACAGAAAUCAUUCCUUCCAGCAGAGGCAACCUAGUGAAAGCAUCGUCGUGUUAUGACCCUGAACAUGUAGUGUUCAAAAGCAUGCUUUCAGAUGACAUGUUUCCACCAGAGCCUUUUAACAGGGACUGGUUGCCGUUUUUAAAGUCUAUUGGAUUGAUUCACGAAGUUUCUCAAGAUCUCUUCAAGACGUAUGCUCUGAAAAUCGCACACGAAGGCAAUACACAACCCACGAAGAAAACUGAGGAUAAGUCAAGAGUUCUCGUUGCACACCUGUUUAGAAGAAAUAAAGUAGUAGACGAAGGCCUGCUUCAAGCUAUUUGCGAUAUUCGGUUUGUCCCUUCAGAGCCUGUUAAGCAAAACCUCCAAGCAAUACAUCGACCGUAUGGUAAACGAGAUGACGGUAAGGCAACGUAUAUUCCCUUUAGAGGUUCCGUACUAGCAAAGCAUGCUAAACUAGUUUGGACAACAGCUGGUCUUCUUCCUCAGUGGGCAAAUCCGAAGGAAUAUCAGUGUCUGAUACAUGCACCUAACAGGGGGAGUACAGAACAUUACAGCAACGCAAUAACGGCACAGCUAGGGAUUUUAGCGGAGCCAACAGUUGAGCGUGUUACUUCCCAUUGCCAAAAUGUGUCGUUCCAACUAGAAAAAGAAAACGACAGAGAUUUAACUGAGGAGCAGAUUAUGAGAAGAAUGACAAUCAUGAAAAAAAUCUACAGAUUUUUGGAAGUUAAGGCUACCUCAAAUUCUUUUGCGAGAGACCGACUGAAGGACACGCCGUGCAUUGUAGUUGAAGAAGGUAGACGUUUUGUUAGAGUUGAACAAGUGGUCAUUGAAUUGAACAGGGAAUUUGAGAUUCAGCCAUUUCUCUAUGGUUUACCUGCGGAACUAGUUCAGUGUAAAGUCUUGUUUCAGUAUUUGGGCUGUGCCUCUGUAGCAAAGGUCUCUCACUUCGCUAUGGUCUUAGAUAUGCUUAAAGAGAAAUGCAAGGAGAAACCUCUAGAUCCAAAUGAGAAAAUGUGCGCUUUAACAGCUGAAAGAGGUAUUUUUGAAACAUUGCAAAAUCACUCGCAUGGUGGCCACAGUUUAUCGUCACUUAACCUGCCAGCUACACUUCCAUCAACUAAAAAAGAUGAGGAACCUUCCCUGCCUGUCGUGUUGUCGAAAUCAACAGAGAUUCUAUUUGAUGAUGCCCCAUUUUACCAUGAACGCAUUACAAAAUUUGACCAUCUCUUUCUGGUUGAUCUUUCAUGGGCCAAUGUCCGUUGUAAAAAGGGCUUAAAUUACAAGGAUCUUAUCAUGCAGCUUCCCCCAGCGGUGCGUCCGGAAAUGUUGUCCUCUGCUGUCAUUGAGAAAUUCACUGAUUUCUUUGAAAGGGGAGAGAGCUUUGAUCAUGGCGCAGCGAGUUUGCUAAAAAGGGCAGUUCACUCACCACAAUUCUGUCGUGGUAUCAUCAGACUUAUUCGUCACGGAAGCCGCGAGAACAAGGAAAAGAUAGAUGAGAGUGUCGUUGCCACCAUAGAAAACAGAUUGCAAAGUAUCGAGAUUCAUGGAAUGGGUAAAAUUAUUACUCAGCUACUCUACAAAGGAAUCACAAUUCCAGGAAGCGAGAUGGAAAGGCCAUACUUUUUGGAAAAGGUUAGCAAGUCCAGUGAAGAAAUUUGGAAUGUAUAUGUCAAUUCUGCAGACGAUGCACAAAAAACUUCAUCUGCAAUAGCUCUGACUUUAGCCAAGGUGAUAUCAGAAGCAUGUAAAGGACUCUUGAGAGACGCGGCUCUGUACAUUCCCACGAUGUUGCAAAGCCAGCCAGAACAGAUUUCCUCUUUUCUGGAUAUGAUGAAGAUACAUCAAGAUGAUUCCUAUGAUAGAGAGAAAGGAGAGAUCUUACCACCACCAGGUAGUUUCAUUCCAAUUGCCGAACAACACCUUCUCAAUGCGGCCUUUUCGUAUUUCAAACCUGGUGAAUAUGUUGGAUACGAAGUUGAGGAUCCAAGUCUACAACUUAAAGAUGGAGAUGCAACCUACAUUUAUGCUGUGAUAAUCGAGGAAUUUUCAAAUCCCAACACCAGUCUCAUUACGAAGUCGUACAAGAUCAACAUUGGAGACAACAAACCACCCAAAAUUGUUCCAGCAACUGAGCUCUACAAAUUUUACCGUCUUCAGGAGAUAGCAUCAGCUGCUCUCGUUCCAUCAUUUAAUCGAGGGACAAACAUGGAUAGCAAACAUGAAAUAAUGAAAGAGAUCACAAAAGCACUAGAAGAGGCUUGGAGACUACCAGAAGACAGAAGAAGACAAGUUGUCAAACGACUGUUUCUUUUUUGGCACCCCGACAAAAACCCAGGAAAUGAGGAAUUCUGUACCGAGGUUUUCCAGCACAUAAAGAAUGAAAUUGAAUGUUUGGAGAGGGAAGGUUGGGGUAGAAGUGAACGAUACGGUGGUUCAUAUGGUGCUUUCUUUGGUUUUUGGGGGACACGUGCAAGAGAGUACAGUUCUCGCCGCCGAGAGUACCAAGAAACAUACCAUCGACAUUAUGGAUCAUGGGGACACGGAACGCGAACCUGGGAAGUUCCUCCUAGCUUCAGUGGAACGAAUCCUCAACCAGGACAAGCGAGGCGCUGGUUUAGACAGGCUGAAGCUGACCUCAACUCCGUUGUGAACGACAUUCAUACUGGCAAUACGUCCUACGAAUGGGCCUGCUUUAAGUGUCAUCAGGUUUGAAUUGAAGUAUUUACUACUGAGCGUACAGGUGAUUUUAUUACCAAUAAAAGUCUAUUUCUUUUCAUGUUUCCCUUUUCAAUGUUAUCGUGGAAGGCUGAUUGUUAUGUGAUUAUAGGCCGCAGAAAAAGCGCUGAAGGCUGCACAGUACGCAACAGAUGCCUUUAAGAGCAACGUUCAUAACCUCGUCCAGAACUCCUUGAUGCUAGAUGACCCUCGACUGGUAACUAUUUCAAGAGAGCUCGAGGGAUGUUUGGGUGAUUCAACGAGCAUGCGCUACCCUGAUCGACUGGACUAUCCAAAGAUUCCAAGAGAUGUCUACACAGAACAGCAUGCCCAUCAGGCAUUGGAGGCAGCGAGGGAGAUACUACAAAUUGUUAGGAGCAGAGUGUCGUAA